CCAUGCUGCUGAGCGCUGCGCUGCUCCUCUCGCUCCUGGCCGCCUGCCCGGGCGGGUGCGGGCCCGGGGCCGGCCGGCCGGGCUGGGCAGCAGCGCAAGAGCCGCUCCCGGCCGCGGCGGGCCCGGGCAAGGCGGCGCAGAGCGGGCUGUGGCAGUACCUGAGCCAGCUGACGGGCGACAAGGACAGCCGGGAGCGCGGCCACGGCAAGCUGGGCAGGGACAUGGCGAACCUGAAGGAGAGCAUCCAGGACGGGGUCAGCUCCAUGGGGGGCUUCCUGGAGAAGCUGUCCCCGCUGGGCGGGGCCCUGCAGCCGCGGCUGAACGAGGACCCGGCGGGCCUGCGCAAGGCGCUCCGCAGGGAGCUGGACAGCCUGCGCCUCAGGCUGUCCCCGCACGUGGACGAGGUGCACCAGCAGGUCGGCAAGCGGCUGGACGAGCUGCGGCAGCAGCUGCGGCCGUUCACCGAGGAGCUCCUGGAGCAGGUGUCGCUGCGGGCGCGGGAGCUGCGGCGGCACCUGCUGCCCAGCCGGGAGGCGGCGGCGCAGCUGCUGGACGGCGCCGACGAGCUGCAGCGCUUCGCGGCUCACUACGCCGACAAGAUCGCCUUCCACACGGAGCAGGUGAAGGACAUCUUCCAGCCGUACGCGGAGCGGCUGCUGACCGAGAUCCAGCGCAACGUGCGGGAGCUGCAGCGCGGCGUGGCCCCGCACGCCCGCGCCAGCCCCGAGCAGCUCAACCGGCACAUCCAGGAGCUGUCGGCCAAGCUGGCCCGCAACGCGCGGGACCUGCACCGGCAGAUCCAGAAGAACCUGGAGCAGCUGAAGGCCAAGCUGAGCCUGUGGCCCGGCAGCCCCGCGGCGCCGCCGGGCCGCUCCCGGGAGGCGCUGGCGCGGGAGGUGCAGCGGCGCGUGGAGGAGUUCCGCCGGGACACGUACGCGCAGAUCCAGGCCUUCACCCGGGCGCUGGACCAGGAGACGGAGGAGAUGCGCCUGAAGCUCAGCGCCCGCCCGGAGCCGCCCGAGGAGCCGCUGGACGCGCCGCCGCCGCCCGUCGAGGACCUGCGCGCCCGGCUGGACGCGCUGUGGCGGGACCUGGCGCUGAGCCUGAGCGAGCGGGGCGGGGAGGGUCUCGGGGAGGAUCCCGGGGAGGGUCCCGGGGAAGGCCCGGGCCGGGCCCGCGGCUGA